CCUCUGGCGAGGGAUCUCCUCAACUCCAACUAUGACCCCAGGCUUUUCUCCAUCGCCGUCGUCUUCCUCAAGAUUAGCAACGGGAGUUGUGGUCGGGGUCGCCAUAGGAGGAGGAGUUGUUGUGCUUGUUUUGGUGUUGACUUUGAUUUGUUUCCUUUGUAAGAAGAGACGACGAAGAGACGAUAAAACACCUCCUGCUCCCAUAGGGAAGGGACGGCCAACGAUGGAAUGGAGUUCAAGAAUGAAGAUUGCUGUUGGUUCUGCCAAAGGAUUGUCUUAUCUUCAUGAAAAUUGCAAUCCAAAAAUCAUCCACCGUGACAUCAAGGCGGCAAACAUAUUGAUUGAUAUCAAAUUUGAAGCAAAAGUUGCUGAUUUUGGUCUCGCCAAAAUUGCUUUGGAUACAAACACUCAUGUAUCUACACACGUGAUGGGAACCUUUGGGUAUUUGGCUCCGGAAUAUGCUGCAAGUGGAAAGCUCACAGAAAAAUCUGAUGUUUACUCAUUCGGCGUUGUACUUUUGGAGUUAAUAACCGGACGUCGCCCUGUUGAUGCAAACAAUGUCUAUGCAGAUGACAGCUUAGUUGAUUGGGCACGACCAUUGCUUGUACAAGCACUUGAAGAAAGCAACUUUGAAGGUUUGGCUGAUAUAAAGCUGAAUAAUGAGUAUGAUAAAGAAGAGAUGGCUCGCAUGGUUGCUUGUGCUGCAGCUUGUGUUCGCCAUACAGCUCGGCGAAGACCUCGCAUGGACCAGGUUGUGCGUGUGCUAGAAGGAAACAUAUCGCCGUCAGAUCUAAACCAAGGGAUAACACCCGGUCACAGCAAUGUCUACAGUUCAUAGAGGAAGCACAUAUUAUGACACGAGCGAAAACAAUGUAGACACGAAGAAGUUUAGGAUAAAAGCAGGGCACGGCG